GAAGUGAGAGGAGGUUAGCCCUGAGUGCCAUCGCGUCGCGCCGCAGGUACCUAGUCUGUUAGGUGCGCCGCGGCCGGGGGCGGGUGGCGUGAGUGGCGACAUUCUAGCGCAACAGCAGUGUCUGUUUACCUCCCAUUCAUAACAAACCGCUGUCAAGGCUGUAGAAGAUGGUGCUGAAGCUGUACGCGGUGUCGGACGGCCCGCCGUCGCUGUCGGUGCGGCAGACCCUGGCGGCGCUGCAGCUGCCCCACGAGCUGGUCUCCGUGGACUACGGCGCCGGCGAGCACCUCACCGAGGGAUAUGCUCAGGUAGGAGCACAGAUGAAUCCGCAGAAAGAGAUUCCUGUUCUAGACGAUGACGGGUUUUUCCUCAGUGAAAGUAAUGCUAUAAUGCAAUACUUAUGCGACAAAUAUAAAAGAGACAGCCCUCUCUACCCGACGGAAGCUAAAGCUAGAGCAAUAAUUAACCAAAGAAUGUGUUUUAACUUGGCAUCGUACUACGCUAAUAUAUCUGCCUAUACGCUGGCGCCAAUAUUCUUCGACUACGAGCGGUCGUCGCUGGGGCUGAAGAAGGUGCACCUGGUGCUGGAGGUGUUCGACACGUACCUGGCGCGGCUGGGCGCGCGCCACGCCGCCGCCGACCACCUCACCAUCGCCGACUUCCCGCUCGUCAACUCCACCAUGACGCUGGAGGCCAUCAAUGUCGACUUCUCCAAGUAUGAGAGGGUUCAUAAAUGGUACAAUGACUUCAAGAGGAAUUACCCUGACCUGUGGAAGAUUUCUGAAGAUGCCAUGAAGGAACUGAAACAGUUUUCUGCUCACCCUCCAGAUUUAUCCAAUUUAAAUCAUCCCUUCCACCCAAUUAGGCAUUGAUUUUAUCAUGUUAUGCCUUACAAUCUGCUUCUAUACAGGUAUUUCUUUUAGGUAAGAAUAAGAUGUUAACAUGAAAUACUCUUGUAGACUUAGAAAUAGCACAUAAUUAUAUGUAAUUAUGAAACGCAUCGUUUCAGGUAUCCCAAACACGACUUACUGCAGCAAUCAGAAUGGCCAACACACUGAAAAUA